AUGCAGGUGUCGGGGCCGGGCGGCCGCCGCGGAGCGCGCCCGCCCGCCUCCGAUCUGCCCUCCCUGGGUGCCGUGGACCUGCCGGGCCUGGCCCUGUCCUCGUCCCGGAGCACCGAGGAACUGGAGAUCAUAGACGAAUACAUCAAGGAGAACGGUUUCCGGCCGGAGUCCGGGGGCGGCGAGGGCCCGGGGCCGCGGCUGGUGGCCCGGGGUUCGCCGGCGGCGCUGAGCACCGUCACCCUGGGCGGCGGGGACCCGCCCCCGGCCCCCGACGCCCGCCCUCCGGCCUGGGCCGGACCCCCGGGCCCUUGGAGCAGCUGCUGCAGUCCCCGGCGCCCCGGCCCGCGCCCAGCCCCCGCCCCCCGGCUCCGGCCGCGGCUCGUCAUCACGGAGCAGCCCAAGCAGCGCGGCAUGCGGUUCCGCUACGAGUGCGAGGGCCGCUCGGCCGGCAGCAUUCUGGGCGAGACAGCUCCCGAGGCCAGCAAGACGCUGCCCCCCGUCCAGCUGCGGAACUGCGAGGGGCUGCGGGAAGUGGACGUGGUGGCUUGUCUGGUGUGGAAGGACUGGCCGCACCGGGUCCACCCGCACGGACUGGUGGGGAAGGACUGCGCCGACGGCGUGUGCCGGGUGCGGCUGCGGCCCCACGUUUGUCCGCGCCACAGCUUCAACAAUCUGGGGAUCCAGUGUGUGCGCAAACGGGAAAUCGAGGCCGCUAUCGAGAGGAAGAUUCAACUCGGGAUUGACCCUUUCAGCGCUGGCUCCCUGAGGAACCACCAAGAAGUGGACAUGAACGUCGUCCGCAUCUGCUUCCAGGCGUCCUACCGCGACCCCCAGGGCCAGCCGAGGCGGCUGGAGCCCGUCCUCUCCGAGCCCGUCUACGACAAGAAAUCCACCAACACGUCGGAGCUCCGAAUCUGCCGCCUCAACAAGGACAGCGGCCCUUGCACGGGCGGGGAGGAGCUCUACCUGCUCUGCGACAAAGUGCAGAAAGAGGACAUCUCGGUGGUGUUCAGCACGGACUCGUGGGAGGGCCGCGCCGACUUCUCGCAAGCCGACGUCCACCGGCAGAUCGCCAUCGUGCUGAAGACUCCGCCCUACGAGGACUUGGAGAUCCCGGCGCCCGUGCGGGUGCGCGUGUUUCUGCAGCGGCUCACCGACGGUGUCUGCAGCGACCCGCUGCCCUUUACUUACCUGCCCCGCGACCACGACAGUUACGGGGUGGACAAGAAGCGGAAGCGGGGGGUGCCGGACGUCAUGGGCGAACUCAACAGCUCCGACCCUCACGGCAUCGAGAGCAAACGGCGCCAGCGGAAGCCGUCCGUGCUGGCCCCUCCGGGCCACGGCGCAGCCGCCCCGUUCUUCCCGUUGCCCGGCCUGGCGGAGCCGGCCUUCGUGCCCGCGGUGACGCUGCCCGGGCUGGAGCCGCCGUCCGGGCCGGACUCGCUGGAGGACUACAGCUUCCUCUUCGCCCACUGCGGCGGCGGGGGCGGCGGCGGGGGCUUCGAGCCCGUCCCCGCGGUGGUGCCCGGCCCGCCGCCGCCGCCCCUCCCUCUCCCCGGGCUGGACCUGUUGCCGGACGCGGCCCCCGCCGCGGGCCACGAGCUGCUGCACCUGCUGGACACAUUCCCUCUCCCCGGGCCCCCGGGCGAGGGCACCGCCAGCCUCGUGGGCAGCAACAUGUUCCCCAACCAGUACCGCGAUGGCGGGGGCGGCGGCGGCGGCGGCGGCGGCUUCGCUCUGGGCCUGUUGCAGCCGGGCCCGGAGCCCACGUAG